AUGCGACGGCGCUACGAUUUCCGGGAACAUCGCAGCAGCUACCGCACCGCGCGCAUGCCCGUUACUGUCACAUCCGGGUGGUUUGCACUGCUACAUCUGCUAGUGCUCUUUUCAAUAUUAAUCCCUCAGGUCGCGUUCGCUAGAACGACCGCCGCCGUUGAUAAUACUGGUCCCACGGCGAGUGGCGAUGCGGCUGGCGAGGGUGGAACCGGGAGAAGCGGGGCGGGUAACGGCACGGGGAGCGGCAAGUCGAGCCACCCAAACAUCAUGGCGUAUCAUAUGGCGCAUAUGAUCUCCAAUCUUCUCCAGAAUCCCAGUUUCGAGGCCCCAACCUUCCCCACGCAACCCCCGCAUUGGCGCGCGUGGGGACGAGUUGCCCACAUUUGCCCGGCUUCCGCUCCCCCGCCCGCCUCCCUCGCGGAGGCGGCGGAAGCCGCCGCAACCACCGCGCCUUUUCACGGCGCGUGCGCGCUCGAGAUUGCGGGGUGCGACGCCGGGAAUGCUGGCAAGGGGGGGAGCGGGAAACGCGGGUGCAGCUGGGGGGGUGUGUCGCAGCGCGUUCCUACUCGUCGCGGAACGCGCUACCGACUGACUUUCUUCUUUGCUGCCCGGGCCGCCCGGCAGCGGUCCGUCAAUCUGCGCGUGCGGUUCGGGGGGGAGAGGGCGCGGUUCGCGCUGCCGGCGGCGGCCGCGACGGCCGUGGCGCGCGGAGCGGCGCCGUCGGUGCUGGGGGGCUGGAGCAUGGGGUCGGUGGAUUACGUAGCGGAAAACGCGACGACGGUGGUGAAAUUCGUCGUCGCCAUGGCGGAUAACAGCACCGUGAUUGACGGCGUCUCAGUCGUUGCUCUUCCGAAAAUAGCGAACCCCCGCCACCCGCGCAUCAUGCGCUUCUCCCUUCCGCCACCCGCCCCCGUUGCCCCGCCGCCCCUGCUCCUCUCCGCCUUCGCCUCCGCCAACUCCGCCAACAUCACCCUCACCCCCAUCGUCCCCGCGCCUGGCGCAGCGCUCGACGCGCCCAAAGCUUCCCCCAACGCCGCGCUUCCGCCGCCCGCGCGUUCCCCGCAUCUCGUCACCACGGGCGGAGCGUUCUUCCCCACGCCCCAGCAGCUUAUCCUCAAAGACCCCUCCGCGGGCCUCUGCGCCUCGCGCUCGUUUCUCACCGCCUUCACCUUCUCCGCCACGCGCGCGCCCUUUCGCGCUUCCGCGGACGAGGGCGGGGCAGGGGGAGCGGGGGGCGCGGGGCCCGCGGAAGGGCUUGAGAAGGCAGCAGGGAAGGGCCCGCGCGCGGGGAAAGUCGCGGGCGGGGGAGGGGCGCUAGGGGGAGUGGGAGGGCGGGGAGGAGCAGGGAGAGUGGCAGGGCCAGGGGGGGGAGGGUUUCACGCGCUUAUAGGGGGGUUCGCGUUUGUUAUAUCGGGGCAGCCUACAGCAGGGGGGGGAGGGCCUGCGUUAGGGUUUGGGCAUGCGUGCGCUCCUGCUGUGCCUGAUGGGGAGUUUCUAGCAGGGGAAGGGGGGGAUGCAGAGGCAGAGACCACAAUCACCAGCAGCAGCAGUAGCAGUAGCAGUAGCAGUAGCAGUAGCAGUAGCAGUAGCAGCAGCGGGUGGGUGGACAGCAGUGGCACAGACCCGGCACUGACAGCGUGUCAGCACGGGGUAGUGAUCACCUUUGCCAGCUGGCAGGACAAUCCCGAGGAGCAGGCAGCAGCAGCAGGCACAGCACUGAAAGCACCCCCAAGAGAGUACGUAGGCGUGCGUGUAGGCAGCACCAUGAAGUCCCUUGUCGCGUCCAAUGCUGCUUUCGUCCUACCUCCACCUGCAAAUCCUGCUGCUGCUUCUUCUGCUGCUACCGAACCUGCCGCCGCCGCCGGUGCUGGUAGUAAUAGUAGCAGGCUCGUGGACGGGUCAUCACACAACGUGUGGGUGGAGCACUGCGCGUCGUCGCACACUCUCUCUGUGAGCUUCACACGCCCCCGCGCCACAGCGCACCAGUGCCCGCUGGCCUUCGAAGCAGAGCAGCAGAGGGAGUGGGAGCGGCGGCAGGGCCGGCAGGUGCAGCACUCACGCAUUCUCACCGUGCAGUUAGACCUGUGUGAUGCGCUAGGGGGUUACAACCGCUGGGGCGGCGGGAGCGGGAGCGGGAGUGUCCGGAGUGGUGGUGGUGACAGGAGCGGUGGGAGGGUGGGGCAGGAGGUGGAUGAGGAGCCGGUGUUUGUGGGGUUCAGUGGGAGUGGGCGCGGUGUGGAGUAUGUUGUCAGUAAAUGGUCUUUCAGAGAGCUGGGUUCGCCACCAGUAUUCGAUACAGCAGCAGCAUCCGUCCCAUGGACCCCCGACUCCUCCUCGUCCUCCUCCUCCGCGCUCUCCCCGCUCCUCAUUGCCAUCAUCGUGGUCUCCUCAGUGGCUGCCCUCGUUGCUGUGCUGGCCGCUUUCGCUCACUUCAGGCGCCACCCACUAGGAGCAUCCCGGAUCAUGGCAUACGAUGAGCUCAUCUCCACUCCCACCACCUCCUCCGCCUCCAUCUUCCCCUCCUUUUCCUCCGCCUCCUCCACCUCCUCUUCCUCCGCCUCCUCCUCCCGCGCGCACCGCUCCUCCCCUUUCUGCCGCCGCUUCCGGCUAGAGGACCUAAAGCGCGCCACGCACCGCUUCGACCUGCGCCGCCGCUUGCACAAGGACGGGCAUGGAGGCGCCUAUGGCUCGGUGUUCCGAGCCGACUCCCGCCUUAUCGCCGAACCUGACUCCCGGAGGCUCGACGACGGGAGAGGGUCGGCAGGGGGUGGGCACAUGGUGGUGUAUCAGAUGCUGCCACAUGGGUCCCUACGAGACAACCUGCACGCUCCCUGCGAUUCACCCAUGUCUAUGGAGCAGCGCCUGCGCAUAGCAGUGGGAGUGGCGGAGGGACUAGCGUUCAUGCACCAGCAGCACCCGCCACUCAUCCACCGCAACCUCAAGCCAUCCAACAUCAUGCUCACGCCCUCGCUGCAGCCGCAAAUCGGCGACUUUUGUUUCGUCCAUCACGACGGGGAGGGGCGUAUCAACGCGGUACCGGAGGCAGUGCAGCAGGAGGGGUAUCGGGACCCUGCCAUUGCUGACCUGCACCUGCCCACUCAGGCCCUCACCCCACAGCACACCGAUGUGUACAGCUUCGGGGUGAUUCUGCUGGAGCUGCUGACAGGGCGACUGGCAGUGGUGCCAGACCCAGAGAACCCAUCCGAGCUCAUGGUCAUCACCGACUGGGCGGUGCACUACAUAGCAGAGGGGGAGGUGCACCUAAUCAUUGACCCCCGGGUCUUCUCCCCAGAUCUCACCCCCGCCUUCCAAACCCUCGGGGAAAUCGCCUCUGCCUGCGUCGCCGCCCCUGCUGCCGCCCGCCCGACCAUGGAUGACGUGGCGCGGCAGCUUGCUGACGUGUACGCGGAGUAUUUUCAAGGAGAGGGGGAGGGAGAGGGUGUGAUGGAGGGAGGAAUGAUUGAUGUAUCACAACAACCAGAGGUGUAG